AUGGUUCCCUGGCCAUUUCAGAAGCUAUGCUGCGUCCAGCCGGCGGACGGCCAACAACCGUUUUUGCUGGCAGCCUCAGGACCAGUCAUAAACUCUCUCUCCUUGAAAGACGGAUCACUUUUGAACCGCUGGCCCCCAUCCGACCCAGAGGACGAAGAGUAUGACGAAGCCAGUACCAACGGCCAGGAAACUAGGCCACCAAAGAGACGAAAGCUAGGAGAAGGAACUCGGGGGGAACUGGCCCAUCAGGAGUCAGAAGACUCGAUCGAAAUCAUCUCGGAGAGGAAAAAGGGUGAGCGACGGAAGCCCAAGGUAGAAAACACUACGCUACCGAACGUCUCUCAUAUCAUUACUACCAGUGACGGAAAGACGGCCAUCUGCGUCACAGGCGAAGAUAAAUCAGUCCUUGUGUUCGACGUACUGACGGGAGGAGUUUUGAACUUGAAGAGUCAGAGGUCAAUGCCAAAGCGCAUUUGCGCAAUAGUCCUAACACCGGAUGAGAAGAGUCUCCUACUGGGCGAUAAAUUUGGCGAUGUCUAUUUGUUGCCCUUAAAUCCCACUGCGGGAUGGACACCCCAGAAGCUUGCUCAGGACCAGCAACAGGCGACCUUCUCUCCCUCCGCUUCAGAGUUAACAGUGCAUACAAAGGGCAAUCUAGAAGCCCUUAAGCAACAGCGUCAGCAAAAGGCGGCUCAACCCAAGAAGGAGGGACCACAAUUCGAAUGCAAGUUGCUGCUAGGUCAUGUGUCCCUCCUGACUGACGUCGCCAUUACCGAAGUCCAAUCGGGACUUAGGCGUCGCGAAUACAUUCUGACAGCGGAUCGAGACGAGCACAUUCGCGUGUCUCGGGGAGUAUCACAAGCUCAUAUCAUCGAGAACUAUUGCUUCGGCCAUCGUGAAUUUGUGAGCAAGCUGUGCGUCGUGCCUUGGAAUCCGGAGAUACUUGUGACGGGGAGCGGUGAGCCUUCUGUGAAGGUCUACCACUGGCAGACUGGGGAACUGUUGGAUCAGGAGCUCUUUCAAGGCGAUGCGGGGAAAGACAUAGUCAACUGCUUGGACUUGGAACGUGGUGGACGUUCGCUGGAUUCUUUGGCAGUGUCUAAUAUCUGGCCUGUCCAUUACACCGUGUCAGGCAACUCACCACGUUCACGCCAGCCCCCGCAUUUGCUUCUGGUUGCCCUUGAAGGGCUUCCGAUGCUUCUGAGCUACAGUAUUACACAAGAGGGUCGCUUGAGGCAUCAUCAGACCUUGACGUUAGGAGGCAACGUGUUGGACGUUACCAUCGGACCAGCAUUGUGGGAAAUUGUCGUCAGUAUUGAUACGAUACAUAGACCAGGCUCUAUCCGGGUGUUGAGGCCCGAGGAGACGCCAGCAGGAGAUGCGUUUGAGACGUUUGAACUAUUCUCCAACAUACCCACCAACGAAGGAAGCCCAAGAAAUCAACCGGAGGGUGCUUUUGAAGCGGACUUGCGAUGGGAGAGAUCGAGCCUUGCCAUGCUUCUAAAUACUUCGGCUCUGGACUGCGGGAGGGGUACGUUGCCAUCAGAAGGCCACGCAAAGGACAAAGGGGCAUACAGUGCUGCAGGAGAGCUGCUGUAUGGCCUGGAGAAUCUCCGGAAGAAAAGAGGCCAAGCUGGAGCGGAGGCUGAGGAAGAGGAAGGCCGAGAGGGUAUCCCAGCAGACGCAGAAGGGAUGUCGUGA